AUGACGACGUGCCGUCUGCUGUGCGCCCUGUUGGUGCUCGCCCUGUGCUGCUGCACGUCUGUGUGCGCGGAAGAGGCUCCGACUGCGGAGGUCACUGAAACUGCUGCUGAUGCUGAGAGCGACGGCGGUUCACCGUCUUCUACACCAGAGACUAAUCUGGCUGCAGAUCGUGGCGCUAAUCCAAUGCACACCAGUCCAUCGCGUCCUUCGUCAGGGACAGCACUACAGGCGAGCCUUCAGUCAAAUCCGCUAAAUAUGGGGUCCGCUACUGAACCCGAAAAUACUGCCUUGGAUGGAAGAGGUACGGCCGGUCCGGGAAAGCAAUCAGUUGACACGAAAAAAAAGUUACUGACAGAAGGUAUGGACGGUACCCCAGGACCAGAAAGUGGCACGAGAUCACCCGUGGAUCAAAAAAAUAUGAAAGCCGAAGAUGCUGGCGGUUCUCCCCAGACGACCACGGUGGCUCAAUCUUCUGCCGAAACGAUUACUGCAGCAAAGGCACGAGACAGUAAGAUGACUCAUGAUUUUGUCCAGACGACGACGACAACUACAAAUACAACUACAACCACGACCACCACUGCGCCAGAGGCACAAAGUAAUACGGCCAUGAAUACAGAGGCGUCAACCACGACGACCACCCGCGCACCUUCACGUCUUCGCGAAGUCGACGGCAGCCUCAGCAGCUCUGCGUGGGUGUGUGGGCCGCUGCUGCUCGCCGUAUCCGCGCUGGCGUGCACCGCUGUGGGCUGA